AUGGCUGUGAUCUGGGGUUUGGAUUUGAAGGAGAUGCAGUGGGGUAAAUUCAAGGGCUCCUACAUGUUCAACAAAGUCUACCACCUGCGAAGAGCGAAAAUGAUCGUCUACCAAAUCGCCAUGAUUCUUUGCGUAUGCUCAGAAUCAGUAGGGACAGCGGCAUUGUCGGAUUAUGUUGAUCAACAAGAUGGCAUCUCAACUCGUAGUGGCGGUCGAGCGAUGGUUCACAAUAAUGACAUUAUUGGUAUCUUUAGUUACAACAUCUUUGUUGGCAUCGCGGUAGCUACGAUUUUCGGCUCAGGAUUCUUCUUCGACCUCUUUUGGCCCGAACGACGUGAAAGUCCCUCCGUCAAAUUGGCAUGGAAAAUCUGUUCUGUGGUGGUGACAUUCAUGGCUUUAGCCGAUGCCUUAGCAUUGACAGUCAUCAUUGCAACCCACAGCGCUCAUAUCUCAGGUGUAUCACCUGAAGAAGCUGCAUACUGGUUCCGCUCCAACCCAAAGCCGAACAGAGUGUAUCGACACUACUCGUAUAAUAUUGGAUCUGUAGUCCUCUUGUGGCCGGGAGUUAUUGCAUCAUUUGUAAGUACUUAUAUAAUGUGGAAAUCACUUCAACACAACGAUAUACACGGACCCAAAGCAGCUGCCUACAGAACAAAAAAGCCGACGGGUGAAAAGGCUUGGAUCGAUGGCCCACAAAAAGCUCCAAGCCCAGUAAACAAUGGCGCGACAGAUGCUACUCCAGCACCAGAUUCUUCAUAA